CGUACACUUUGAUCUCUMUCCGCAGCUUUGACUAUGGAUGMGCGUGGCUGUAUCAAUUCUGUMUCUGCUGAAGACACCUUAGCGUUGCCGCAAAAACCACAGCCUGAACAAGUUCUUGAAGAAUCUUUGAAAAAUGCCAGCCCAAAGAAACCUUCCAAAGUGAAAAGAAAGUUGAACUUCUGUGAUGGUUACGUAAAGAGGAAAAAGAAACGAAUACCUCAACAAAAACAAGAAAAAAGUGAGACUUCUGAAGAUAAAAUACCAUCUUCAACUUCAAAAGAACCAUCAGAUAAUCUUGCUGUAUUGGAAAAAGGUUUGAAAACUCCAGAAAAAUGUGGUACAGACCAAAAAAAGGAGGAAGAACCCCUAGUAACCUUCACCAUAGGUGAUCUAGUGUGGUCCAAACUGAAAGGAUUUGAUUGGUGGCCAGGAAGGGUGGUGUCCUACCUGGAAACUCGCCUAUCCCCACCAAACCCUGGUCAUCACUGGAUCAGAUGGUUUGGAGAUGAUAAGUUCUCUCAGAUGCUUCACAUGUGUGUCCGUCCAUUCCAUGAGUUCGAAGUCAAGUUCAACCCUUCUAAAAUGAGGGGUGUCUACAAGAAGGCUAUUUACGAGGCUCUUGAGAUGGCUGCAAAGCGCUCAAAGAGAUCAUUCACCAGAGCUGACAUCAAACCCAAAGAGCCAAAGAAGAAGCAAUCUAAGAAAAAGUCACAGAAACCAAAACCUUCCAAACCACUCCCCACUGAAAAGUCAAAAGACGGACCCCUGAGUGAGGAGGAAUUCCGUGAGGCCAUUAUGAGCUGGGCCUUGGAUGGCUUUCUCCCUGAUGGACCUGCAGGAUUUGCACCAUCAGAAG